AUGUCAGCGACCCAAGUCCCCUUUGGGAGCGCUCCGCACAAGACCGAACUCCCGUACGACUCAUUGCAGUUCCGCAACAGACUGCGGGCGCUGCAAUGCCUGGUCGAAGACGAAGACUGCCUUCUCUUCAUUACAGGCAUUGAUGGAAACUACAACCUCGGGGCUACCAUUGCUCUGAAUUACUUGUUCUUCGGAAGUUCCGGGAUGCAAGUUUGGCAUGCAAGGCGUGACAGCUCCUUUGACGAUGUGGAUCUUGAUCUCCUCCUCUUCCUCCCACUUAUCUGCUCCGUCGAAUCCUUUUGGAAGCUGUACGACCUGUGCGCACCGAUACAUCAGCUCGAAGUCGUGACGCUCUCUCCCAGAGAGGAGGAUGACGUGGACCUCGCGGAGGAAAGGAAGGUGAUGACUUUCCUCGACUUCACCGACAAGUUUCGAGCCGUCUCGAUGGACCUGUCGAAGCCUGUGCAUGGCAAUCUGUCACAGGGGCUGGAGGCUGAUCAACCUCAAGUUGUAGAACACUGGCCUCUCAUCCAAGUCUUCGGGAUCCAGGAGCUCGGGAACCGAGGCUUUUUCACUAUGAACCAUCCUGUCAAGGACAUCUCUGACAAGCUCAUGAAGCUCUACUUACAAGUCGACUCCCACUCGCUGGAGGGCAGUUUGACGUACAGGCAAGACCUUGACAUGCUGGUGUUUCACUGGAAGACUUGUACGAACAUCCUGAACCAGACUGCGGCACAUGAACGUCUGAAGUUGACAGAGGACGCGAUCGUGGAACCGCUUGCCAGUUACUUCGAGUACGGAAUCCUGAGGGCUUUCAAUCAACAUGCGCAGAGCUCUUGGAAGCCACGUGCGACCUUCGGGUUGAGAACGAACGAGAAAAGUUCGCAUGCCAUCGCAAGCAUCAAGGUGGAAAACUCUGGAAUAGAUCAAAAACCAGCAGUUCACUUUGUCAUCGAAGCUGCAGAGCCAAACGGGCCGUUGCGAACAGCUCGAACAUACUUUCUAAGCAAUGGGGGUGCUGGGGCAAGGGUGAGAACUUUUGAUUGGGACGGCAAUGAGACCAAGCAGGAGGACAACAGACUAGAAAGAGCUGGGAGGUCAGCGUACGCGAGAUACCUCAUGAUGGCCUACUGCGCUGUGAUCCACGUGCACGAGAAGCUGAUGAAGUCUUGGUGCGAGGGAAGCGUGUCAAGCGUCGCCGACCUAAAGAAACAUGCGACCGAGAGCCUGAAAGCCCUGGACCUCGACUGGUUCCGCAACUAUGAUUUCGAAUCGGACCUGGAUGUUCAACUCCUGGCGUUCGACAACAUCGGCAACCCUGUCGAGGCUGUUCGGGGAUCCCCUCACAUGAAGUAUCUGAGAGUGAACAUGUAUCACGUGAAGAGCUUGGAUCAGACUCCGACGGAUCUAGGAGCGGUCUGCUACGGAGACACCUUCCUUGAUCUGCGAUCCUCCUCCUCGCAUCCGAGCCAACCGUCCAAGUCCAGAUUCCUCAACGUGACUGCUCCCAUUCCACGUCACCAGGGAUGGAUUCUACCUGGGCAGGAAGAAGACACCGAGUAUAUGUAUGCUCUUCUAUCACGCCUGCAGGCCUCCAAGAGGAACCGGCACAACUCCAUGGGAGCGCUGCUGCUCGAGAGCCCCCUCGAAGGGUUUUGCCUGUGCACACAUAUAAAGGAGCUGCCGAGGGUGUACGGUGACCUCUGGGUGCUGGAGAAAGGAUUGAUCUUCUCGAGUCACCAGCUGGGCUCUCUGGCCCUUGACUUGAAGCACGAUGUCUCCUCCUGCGAGCUCUUCAACGUUGACUUCGUCGCCCGUGACGACUGCGAGCUCGCGUUUGCGGUGUUCGAGGUCAAGGAAGGAAUGCAGCGCUAUGGCAUCACCGAGGUAUCCCUCUCGCCCCGCAACUCUCGCCUCGUGCUCGCCUCCAGCGCUUCCGACAGGAGGAAGUUCGCAAGGGAUGUGUGUCCCAGCUGGAGGUCGAGCUUGGAGGCGGAUGGAGUGAGAGUGAGAGUAGUGGAGAAGGAAGAGCUCGAGCAGUUCAAGGAAGCCAACCACGUCACCUUGGAUGCCGAGCACACAGCUCGCAAACAGGAGUUAGACAGCUUCCUCAGCUGCUACCGUGAGCAGGAAGCCCUCGUUAUGUGCCCUGCCUUCCCGGAGGCAGCGGAUAGGCAGAGGGAUCAGGUAGGCGAGCAGGAGCUCAUCGUGGUUGUCGGGCAACCGUGCUGCGACAAGAAGAGGCUCGUGGAGAAGAUGAUCGACAUCUCCGGGGACCGCACCGCCUACAACCUCAUCACGUACACCUCGACCAACUGCAGCCGGGGAGACCUCGAGGGCCUCCAGCAGGUGCUCCUCAGCAACGCGUCCUCUCAUCGAGGCAAGGUCCACGUGCUCGUUCUAUCCACGUUUAGCUCCGUCCUCCCCAUCGCUGAGUUCCUUGCUGGCAACGAGGAGCUCCGCAGGACCGUGAGGCUCAGGAAGAUCCACAGCGUCCUCGACGCUCCUUCUGUUGUUCGCUCCGAGAGUCUCUCCGUCCAUCCUUCAUGCUCGCAGCAGAUCCUCGCCGGCAUCGUCUCCUGCAUCCUCCUCGUCAACGUGGAGCAGGCAGAGGACAUGACCCUCGUUCAGCGGAUGCUCAAGGGCAUCAACCACCACAGCCGCUUGCUCCUCACCAUCGCUGGCUCGCUGACGAAGCAGGCGGACAUCGAACUUGUGCUGGGAGGAGGUGGCGACCUCUCGUUCGCCAGCGACAAGAUGCGCGGCAUCCGCGCCUCGUUGUACCCUGAGAGUUUUGCGAGGAGGGGAGGGGCUUUGCCCAGCUGCUCGACACCUGAGAAGUUCGAAAGGUUUCGAUUUCCGCUGCCUCCUUCACUUUGUCUCUCCAAGCAGCUGCUCGUCCGCUCCUUGCGGCCUCUCUUCGCUACCAAACUCGACAACAUCCAGUCGUUCGCAGCAGCUGCCAGCAAGCAAAAAAGCAUGAACCUCAUGUGCGUCAAGAUUUGCGCGAAGUUUGCGGGGGAGGAAGGGAAACCAGCUGAGCUCAAGAUCAUGAAGCUGAGGCGUCGGAGCCUCGUCAUCACCCCCCUGCCUGCUGGGGCUGAGCUGAGCCUAGAGGCUGGCGGACAGCACGUAGACCUCCAGCUCAUCAUUUCCUCCGUCCUCGCCGGUCGCUCGAGCGUCCCCAGGCUGCUGGUGGUGCCGCGGAAGGCGGAGGAGGUGGGGGCGGAGGAGCGGGAGAAGCUGAAGGAGAAGCACAGGGAGGAGAGCUUGCCCGAGGGCUUCUACUACAACGGGAUGAAGUUCGUGGACUUCGAGGGGAACGUGCUGAAAGAGCACCCGCUCAUGUCGUCGUGGAUCGCCGAGUUGCUGAAGGAGGAGGCGCGAGAGAUGGAGCAGAAGAAUCAGAGCAUCCGGCAGGCGAUGGAGGCGGUGGAGGAGGAGGAGCGAAGGUGCAUGUUGCACGCAGCAGAAGCGAAGGCGAUGUGA